AUGUUGUUCUCCGUCGCCACCAUUGUCUCUCUGCUCGCUACUUCCGCGACUCUCGUCAGCGGUGCUUCCGUCAUGCGCCCCUUUGGAGGAUUCGACGAUGGCGUUUCCCUCAUGCGCCCCGUCGGAGUCGACGACGGCGACAACGGUUCCUGCGACCGUCUCCAAGCUCUCUGCUACGACAACGUAGUGAAUGAUUUCAGCAGCAUCUGGUCGCAGCAGCCUUGCGUGUUCGCGGGUGUCUGCUACGAGAGGAGCGGCAAGAAUCUGGAUGAUUUCUUGAAGUACAUGUGGCACAGGAUCGGUAAAAACGAUGACCCCCCUCCGAGCGUGACUAUCCCGAGGAUGAACUACGACGUCUUCAACAUUAUCUCGAGGGGAGGACCGGAGGUCACCCAGCAGAACUACAUCGACGCGUACUACGGUGUUCUGAACCCCACUGGACCGUACCCUUCCAAGCCCGAUGUUGUCAUUGCCGACUUCAACCGUAUCGCGUCCUGGGACAACAUCUGUAACGGAGGCAUCCCCUACCGGAACUUCGCCGACUACUUCCAGUACAGCGCCAGCCACCCCGCGGACUUCUGCAGGGAAUUCUUCGCGUUCAGGGAGAGCCUUACCGCGGGCACCUGCGCCUGA